AUGGUGCAACAACUUUCACUCGUUUCGUCAAUUCCUCAUUCGAACUACCUACAAACCAUAACAUCCCUACAAGCCAUAACCGGCAUUUUACAACCACAAAAGAUCUCCACCUACUCAUUAAUAACCAAACCUAAUCAUGUAUUCAAACCCAUAUUCGAACCAGGGAAAAUCAAUCAAAUUGAACAGUAUUAUAUGAGAUGCAGCACAACCUGGGAAGAACCCUUGAAAAGUCAGGGUGGCAGUAGUAGCCAAUUAGAUAUCGCUAAACCUAUUUUCAAAGAUGACAAGGAGAAUCCCAUAUUGGUGAAAAAGUUAUUCCAUAACGACGACAACAACAACACCAUCACUGCUGAUGAUGGUGUUGACCGUGUGUGGACUUUGCAAAUUAGUGACAUACCCAUUGCUGGCAAAAACCAAACUUGCUCCCAACAGACAAUUUAUGAAAGCACGUUGGUGCAUACUCAUGUUGGAGUGGAUAAUGAACCAGCAAGUGAUUUGGAUGAUAAGAUGGAUGUAGAUGCGGACGUGAAGGAGGAAAAAGAGGGGAAUGUAGGAACAGAGGCAAUUGAGGUUAAGAAGGUGGAGGACAUGACUGCACUGAAAAGUGACGAUGCUACGAUCAAGAAGGAAGAUGGAGCUGAGACUGACGUCAAUAUGGAAGACUCAAGUACAAAGGACGCAAUCAAAGACGUUGAUACCGACAAAGGAGCCAGCAUUGAAGUCACAACUACCAUAAAAACAGAACCAAAAGAGGCGUCAACACGUACUAAAAGUACACCUUCUCGAAAGACCCAAACCGACUCCUUUUUAAUCUUUCUCAAUGAUCUCGGGUACGAAGUAGUCAAUCAAUACUGGGUAAAAGGAGUACGUUUCUUCUACAAGGACAUUGUGAUUGAAAUAUACAAGAUAUUCAUCCGUGACGACGACUACGAGGGCAAAGACGAUGACGCAAUCAAGUUGAAAUUGCUCGACGAAUCAAACACGUUUCAAGUUAAAUGUUUUGUCAAUGUGCCCAAGACAACUGAUGUGGAGUUGAUAAAUGCCGGGGCCAAGGAAUUGACAAAGUUGCAGGAGUUUGUCAAGAGUUUGUUUCUUUUGGAGGUUCCAGAUCGGAUGUCUAUGGAUUCGAGAGUUCGAAGUUUGAAAUAA